GUUAUGGCCCUCCGCACCCUCCUGCUUUUUCAUUGACAACCUCACCUCUGCAAGAUUUAGUCCUUUCGCAAUAUUUAUCAAGUCUGACUUUGUGGCAGCCUCUAGCGCCUCCAGAGUCGGGUUUUCUAUAACUUUGUCUACGUCCAUCUUUGCUGGUUUCCCGUCUGGUUACCUGUGCAACCAGAUCCAAGUUUGGACUUAAAAGCCAGAUUCACUGGCCCUCCAAUUUGGUAUCAAAUCUCGAGACGAGAUCCCCAAGUUGUUACGAACCCCGUAACUGGGUCACUUACCAGCAAAGAUGGAGACAUCCAUUGAAGUCUGAUGAUACUAUUUUUAACAGUAUUUAUUAGUAAAAAUACACAAAAAUAAUAUCAAUGCAAAUAUACAGCUAAUAUACGUCGUCAAAACUAAAUCUAAAAGUGCAGGUAUAAUAAUAAUCAAUAAGAAAUAAGCCCUAUCGUUGUCUAGGGGAUAAAUGUAUUGUCCGAUGGAAAUAUAUAGUUCGUUCAGUUCAUGCAGGCUGCAGCCGUUGGGGACUGCUGUGUUGCAAUUGUUGGAGAAAGAGAGAGAUUUAGGAGAAUAACUUGCUGGUUUUCCUUUAUGAUUUCGAUCCGUCAGGUGUCUCGUUGUUGUGGCCGUUCAAGUGUGACCUCUCCUUUAGCUAAACCGUUCUGCCAUGGUGAGCCUGCCAACCCAGGCAGGGGAAGGACGCACACAAGCCUCCACCGGCUUUCGCUAUCAAAUGCUGUCACUGGAUUUCUAGCGUUUCUCCUGGUGCGUCUAAAGGGGUUGUUCCCCAGACCCUCUUUUAUCCUUACUCACGGGGUCUCAGAUGUCAAUCAGGUUGGGAUGAUACAAUCCCUCAACCAGACCACUCUGGUUGUCCCCUGAGGGGUUUCAAUGAAUAGUACAGUACUCAAUACACAAUUCCGUCUCCAAGAGACAAUGGCCGUUAUCAGUGGUUUCGUUCCACUGAGGCCAGGACACAUUCCAAACCUUGUGUAUUCUGGAUGUCUCUCUCUCUCAUUUCCUGGGUCUCAGACUCGAAAUAAUAGUGAUCUUGCGAUUCUUGAAAAGGAGGGGGCGACUUUGUACCCUUCGGCCCCUCAGAGUUGCUUCACAUUCGUAACACGUUACUCAGCAUAAAAAUAUAGGAAAUAUUGGCUAAUUCUUUGUCUUCUUCCCCUUGGUCACCGGCUUGCCUUGAGUGACUUGCCAAAUGAUAUCUCCAAAAAUGGAGUUCUGUCACCACUGACACUACCCAUUGAAUGAGUAUCACAGCACCUCAAUACUUGAUGAAGUAUUCCUUGUUAAUUCUAACACACUCUGCGGACCUUAGCUGGUGCUUGAGCGUACAACAUCAUAUUCUGAAAAUACCCAGUUAGAUCUCAUCAAUUAAGCAGUUUCCUUCUACAAAUACAAAAAUAAAAGGCAGCAUUGACCUUCUGCAAGUUCUGCUGUGGCUCUCCAAUGAAGCCACGCUAUGAAGCUGCCUCGUCCACUCAACAUCAGCACAGGCACUGAUGGCCAUUGAUGGCAGGUGCACUAAUGGCGAAGUUCCCAGCACAGUUUUGUGGUUUUUAACUAUAAACAAUCCCAAAUGCCACCCACCUGUAAUGUUUCCCUGCAAGUGUUGUAAAUAGAUUUUAGUGGUGUAAGGCUUUGAACUUCAGGAAAUGCCACAACGUUUCCCAUUCACAAUGCCAUCCACUGGCACAAAGAAACAUCAAGAAAACUAUGAAAUGGAAAUCUACAGUGGCACAAUUGAGAGCAUCCUGACUGGCUGCAUCACUGCCUGGUAUGGGAACUGUACUUCCCUCAAUCGCAGGACUCUGCAGAGAGUGAUGCGGACAGCCCAGUGCAUCUGUAGUUGUGAACUUCCCAUGAUUCAGGACAUUUACAAGGACAGGUGUGGAAAAAGGGCCCUUGGGGACCCGAGUCACCCCAACUACAAUCUAUUCCAGCUGCUAACAUCUGGGAAGCGGUACCACAACAGGCUCCGGGACAGCUUCUUCCACCAGACCAUCAGACUGAUGAACUCACACUGAUUUGACUGUACUCUAAAUUACAUUGACUGUUCUAUUUAUUAUAAAUUACUAUAAUUGCACAUAGCACAUUUAACAAAGAUGUAACAAAGAUUUUUACUCAUGUAUGUGAAGGAUCUAAGAAAUAAAGUCAAUUGAGUUCAAUAGGUCAAUAGGUGGGCCAGUCUAAUCUACCAAUAGGAAGUAAUUGCUUGUAUCUCUUUUUUCUGGUUGGAAGGUUGCUACCAGCAGAAUGCUUCGGCAAAAGUCAAGUCUCUCACCUUCUGACCAGCUGUUUGCCAGUAAAAAAUAUAGUUUCUUAUCUGGCAUUGUCUGCUAGGAGCUGAAUCUAUCAACUUUCACCUCAGUGAGUGGUUUAAAGUCCCAGCGAAGACAGCAAAGAAUUUCAGAAGGACCAAGACAGCUAAGUGACAGAAGGUGUCACACUGAGCAGUUUGGGCAGGACGGGGUGCCUGCUGGAGGCUUUGUGGGGUCCCUGGUCGGAACUUAUCCAAAUUGGUUUCAGCAGAUACAGUUCAGGUCAGGUAGUUUGGGUAGGUGGGAAGGUCCUUAAGAUAUAAAUUCAGCAAGGUAGUGAUGUGGCUAUUCUGACCUUAAUCAGAUUGAGGGGUAUUCCAGCCUUAGGGAGAUUUAAGACACUUCCCCCACCUGUCUCAGCUGUUCAUUAACACCCACAACAACAAAAUCAUUUCUAUUGUUAUUUUAAUUAGCUUCAUGCGCAAGGAAGUAUUAUGACAAAUUAUGUGAAUCGGGUGUUAACCCUUGCAGUUGGUGUUGCAGAUGUUUUCAUUAACAUUUGUAAUGUAAUUGUUGAACAUGGUACACAGGAGCAUUCAUUUCACCUCAUUCACUAUGCAGCAGUUUGAUCUAGUCCAACGUUCUUUAAAAGUACUUUAUAAUUUCAAGACAUUCUGUGUAACUCCUCCUCACACGACUUGCUUGCUCAAUAAGUACGGCUUCAGCGAGAUAAAAGGCACUUCCAAUAAACUCAGCAAACUGGCAAUAAUUUUCUUGAGUUUAAUCUUCUCUAUUCAUGGUCACCCACAUUGCCCUCUUCAGCUGCAUACUGAUAUGUUUGCCAACUGACAGCAGGGAAAUGAAAGAACCAAUGGGCUGGAGAGGCCAGGAGCUGCCUCAGAAGCUCAUUGGUUUUUCAUUGCUGAUCUGACAAAUGAGAAAAGUGACUGUAAGAAUACUGAACAGGAAAAGCUGUAAGCACUCGGGCAAUCUGUGCAGAAAAAGAAACAGAGUUAAUGUUUCAAGUGGAAGAUCUUUCAUCAGACAGAGAAUUACUUGUGUUUAACACGCCUGCUGGUGAGGAGUUUGGUUGUUUUAUUUCACACAAGCAUGGCCACAUGUUUCUUCGAGGGGAAGGAACAUGCUGCUCUGUAUCAGAAAUACAGACCCUGUGCACCUACUGAAACUAACAGCCUCAUCCUCAAAUACCUGGAGAAAAAGAAGGGGAAGCCAUUCAUCCUUGCAGUGGAUGUGGGUUGUGGUUCUGGCCAGAGUUCCAGGGGACUAGCUCCUUUCUUUGACACCGUGGUUGGAGUUGACGUGAGCGAGGCUCAGAUUGAAGAGGCCAAGAAGACAUGUGGACUCGAUAACGUUUCCUAUAGACAGGGUGUGGCGGAGAAGCUAGAUUUCCAGGAUGCUUCUGUUGACUUGGUCACAGCGGCGGCUGCAGCACAUUGGUUUGAUGUGGAGACGUUCCUUAAGGAGGUUGACAGGGUUCUGAAGCCAAAGGGCUGCUUGGCUCUCCAUAACUACCAACUUCCAUUUGCCAUGCAUUAUAACAACUGCUCUGAGCACCUGACUCAGAUUGUGGAAGAGCUGUUUGAGAGAUUUGAGCCCUACAAGAGUGAAAGAACACAGAUGUCUUGGAAUAAAUACAAAGAAAUAUUUGAAGCUAUUACAUUCUUAGACAAAGAAAGGAUACUGACUCACCAGCAGUUGGACCUUCCAGAUACAGGUGUAUUUUACUACAAUCGAAACACCUUGACUGCACACAGAGUUGACAAUAUUCUAAUCAAGCACCGAGUAUCUAUCUCAUGGAUUAUGGGUUUUAUUAAAUCCUUAUCUAGUUACCAAACGUUCCUGAAGAAAGAUCCAGAAGCAGCUAAAUCUUUACUUGAAAUAACAGAGCAAAGACUUCUGCAAGCUAUGGGAGUUUCUUCCAACGAUACUGUGGUGGAAAUAACAAUGAAUUAUUUUUGUUUACUGGCCAGCAAACCAGAGUAAGAGCCAAACUGUAGGUUUGCUGUUCUCAGGCCAGUUGUAUCAAUGACUGCAUCAACACUGUUUCCUGACCCAUGCGAAGCUCGUCAAUUUCAUCAACUUCGCCUUCAACUUUCACCCGGCACUCAAAUUUACCUGGUCCAUUUCCGACACCUCCCUCCCCUUUCUCAAUCUCUCUGUCUCUAUCAUUGGAGACGGCUUACCUAAUGAUCUUUUAUAAACCCACUGACUCUCACAGCUACCUCGACUCUUUUCUUCCCCUUACUUUUUGCUUGUUCAUUCAACCCUCCCCACUAUCUCCCUCCUGGCACUAAUCCUUACAAGUGGAACAAGUAAGGAUAAGAAUAGGUUGAGUGAACUCAGCCUUUUCUCCUUGGAGCGACAGAGGAUGAGAGGUGACCUGACAGAGGUGUAUAAGAUGAUGAGAGGCAUGGAUCAUGUGUAUGGUCAGAGGCUUUUUCCCCAGGGCUGAAAUGGCUAGCACGAGAGGGCAUCAUUUUAGGGUGCUUGGAAGUAGGUACAGAGAUGUCACGGGUAAGUUUGUUAUGCAGUGAGUGGUGACUGCGUGGAAUGGGCUGCCAGCGAUGGUGGUGGAAGCGGAUAUGAUAGGUCUUUUAAGUGACUCCUGGAUAGGUACAUGUUUCUUUAAAAAAUAGAGGGCUAUGGGUAACCCUAGGUAAUUUCUAAAGUAAGGACAUGUCUGGCACAGCUUUGUGGGCUGAAGGGCCUGUAUUGUGCUGAAGGGCUUCUAUGUUUCUAAGUGCUACCCCUGCCCCUCACUACCAUUCAGGGCCCAGAACAUAAACUCUUUGCUCUUUUGCAAAUAUGCUGCCUGGCCUGCUGAGUUCCUCCAGCAUUUUAUGUGUGUUGCUUCAAUUUUCAACAUCUGUAGAUUUUCUCUUCUUUGUGAUAUCAAAGGGACAUCCCAGUUCCUUUGAAGAUAUUUCACAAACAAUCCUUGGUAGAUCCUGGUGUGAGCACAGACACCAUUUAUGAUACAUUUUAAAUGGAUAAGGGAAGGAAUCAAAGUGACACAAGCAGGUAAUAUUGGAUAGGUCACCUGUUACAAAUUCCAGCUCGCUCACUUCCCCGUUGCUGAGGAAAAAGGAGUUUCAACUCACCCAGAAGUUAAGAUUUUAGUGUGACAGGUACUGCAUAUUUCUGGCUCUUUACAAUGGCUAAGCUUGUCAGUGAUUCAAGGGACAUUUAUAAACAGACAUAUGUCAGGACUUUCCAAUCUGAUGGGCUUUUGUUGUAAUUUCAGCCAACUACCCACCUUAUUACAACUAGUUUCACUGUGCAAGUCUUAUACCUUUGGGGUUGAUGGGGCCCAUUAGGGGCUCUCAGGGCAAGGCUGAAUGUACUGGCCUUGACCAUCUGCUUUCAGAGCGACUCCCCAAAAAUCUCUUUAGAUUUACACUGAAGUGGAUCCAGAAGGAGCAAGAGAUAACUCGGGUCGCAGAGCACAUUCUUAUUCUUGUUCCCACUUAAAGGUCCAAGUGCAGGCCUGCUGAAGAAUAGAACUACUGUUGCCAAAUUUAGUUGGACCUGUUCCUGCAGAUAUUUUUUUUCUUCUCUUCAAUUCCACCCCCUCCCCAACAGACGUCAUAAUCUUUCCCCUCACCUGCGACAAACAAAUCAGAAUAGAAGAUACACAUUUUGUUUAAUGUUCAGUAAUAUUUCUCCUGGGUUGCUCACAGAACUGUCUAUAACCAUAUAACAAUUACAGCAUGGAAACAGGCCAUCUCGGCCCUUCUAGUCCAUGCCGACGCUUACACUCACCUAGUCCCACUGGCCCGCACUCAGUCCAUAACCCUCCAUUCCUUUCCUGUCCAUGUACCUCUCCAAUUUUACUUUAAAUGACAAUACCGAACCUGCCUCUACCACUUCUACUGGAAGCUCGUUCCACACAGCUACCCAUCUCUGAGUAAAGAAAUUCCACCUCGUGUUACCCUUAAACUUUUGCCCCCCUCUCAAAUCAUGUCCUCUUGUCUGAAUCUCCCCUACUCUCAAUGGAAAAAGCCUAUCCACGUCAACUCAAUCUAUCCCCCUCAUAAUUUUAAAUACCUCCAUCAAGUCCCUCCUCAACCUUCUACGCUCCAAAGAAUAAAGACCUAACUUAUUCAGCCAUUCCCUGUAACUUAGGUGCUGAAACUCAGGUAACAUUCCAGUAAAUCUUCUCUGUACUCCCUCUAUUUUGUUGCUAUCUUUCCUAUAAUUCAGUGACCAGAGCUGUACACAAUAUUUCAAAUUCGGCCUUACCAAUGCCUUGUACGAUUUUAACAUUACAUCCCAACUCCUAUACUCAGUGCUUUGAUUUAUAAAGGCCAGCAUACCGAAAGCUUUCUUCACCACCCUAUUCACAUGAGAUUCCACCUUCAGGGAACUAUGCACCAUUAUUCCUAGAUCACUCUGUUCUACAGCAUUCUUCAAUGCCCUACCAUUUACCAUGUAUGUCCUAUUUGGAUUAUUCCUACCAAAAUGUAGCACCUCACACUUAUCAGCAUUAAACUCCAUCUGCCAUUGUUCAGCCCACUCUUCUAACUGGCCUAAAUCUCUCUGCAAACUUUGAAAACCUACUUCAUUAUCCACAACACCACCUACCUUAGUAUCAUCUGCAUACUUACUAAUCCAAUUUACCACCCCAUCAUCCAGGUCAUAUAUACAGACCCCUGAGGCACACCACCAGUCACCAGCCUCCAACCUGACAAACAGUUAUCCACCACUACUCUCUGGCAUCUCCCAUCUAGCCACUGUUGAAUCCAUUUUACUACUUCAAUAUUAAUACCUAACGAUUGAACCUUCCUAACUAACCUUCCAUGUGGAACCUAGUCAAAGGCCUUACUGAAGUCCAUAUAGACAACAUCUACUGCUUUACCCUCGUCAACUUUCCUCAUAAUCUCUUCAAAAAAUUCAAUAAGAUUUGUCAAACAUGACCUUCCAUGCACAAAUCCAUGCUGACUAUUCCUAAUCAGACCUUGUCUAUCCAGAUAGUCAUAUAUACCAUCUCUAAGAAUACUUUCCAUUAAUUUGCCCACCACUGGCAUCAAACUGACAGGCCUAUAAUUGCUAGGUUUACUCUUAGAACCCUUUUUAAACAAUAGAACCACAUGAGCAAUACGCCGAUCCUCCGGCACCAUCCCCAUUUCUAAUGACAUUUGAAAUAUUUCUGUCAGAGCCCACAUUUCUACACUAACUUCCCUCAAGGUCCUAGGGAAUUUCCUGUCAGGACCCAGACAUUUAUCCACUUUUAUAUUCCUUAAAGGCACCAGUACUUCCUCCUCUUUAAUCGUCAUAGUUUCCUUAACUUCCCUACUUGUUUCCCUUAGCUUACACAAUUCAAUAUCCUUCUUCUUAGUGAAUACCGAAGAAAAGAAAUUGUUCAAAAUCUCCCCCAUCUCCUUCGGUUCCACACAUAGCUGUCCACUCUGAUUCUCUAAGGGACCAAUUUUAUCCCUCACUAUCCUUUUUGCUAUUAAUAUAGCUUAGAAACCCUUUGGAUUUACUUUCACCUUACUUGCCAAAGCAAACUCAUAACUUCUUUUAGCUUUUCUAAUUUCUUUCUUAAGAUUCUUUUUACAUUCCUCGAGCACCUCAUUUACUCCAUGCUGCCUAUAUUUAUUGUAAAUUUCCCUCUUUUUCUGAACCAAGUUUCCAAUAUCCCUUUAAAACCAUGGCGCUCUCAAACUUUUAAACUUUCCUUUCAACUUAACAGGAACAUAAAGAUCCUCAAAAUUUCACCUUUAAAUGACCUCCAUUUCUCUAAUACAUCCUUCCCAUCAAACAAAUUGUCCCAAUCCACUCCUUCUAAAUCCUUUUGUAUCUCCUCAAAGUUAGCCUUUCUCCAAUCAAAAAUCUCAACCCUGGGACAAGUCCUAUCCUUCUCCAUAAUUAUAUUGAAACUGAUGGUAUUGUGAUCACUGGACCCAAAGUGCUGUCCAACACAUACCUCCGUCACCUGACCUAUCUCAUUCCCUAACAGGAGAUCCAACACUGCCCCUUCUCUAGUUGGUACCUCUAUGUAUUGCUGCAAAAAACUAUACUACACGCAUGUUACAAACUCCAAACCAUCCAGCCCUUUUACAGAAUGGGCUUCCCAGUCAAUGUGUGGAAAACUAAAAUCUCCAACAAUUACACCCUUGUGCUUACUACAAAUAUCUGCUAUCUCCUUACAAAUUUGCUCCUCCAAUUCUCGCUCCCCAUUAGGUUGUCUAUUAUACACCCCUGUAAGUGUUACUACACCUUUCCCAUUCCUCAAUUCCACCCAAAUAGUCUCCCUAGAUGAGCCCUCUAAUCUAUUCUGCCAAAGCACCGCUGUAAUAUUUUCUCAGACAAGCAAUGCAACACCUCCUCUUGCCCCUCCGAUUCUAUCACACCUGAAGCAACAAAAUCCAGGAAUAUUUAGUUGCCAAUCACACCCCUCCUGCAACCAUGUUUCUCUAAUAGCUACAACAUCAUAUUUCCAGGUAUCAAUCCAUGCUCUAAGUUCAUCCACCUUUCUUACAAUGUUCCUAGCAUUAAAAUAGAUGCAUUUAUAGGUCUACAAGACCUAUAGCUCCUGGUGAGAGAUCAAAGUUAAAUGUAUUAUCAAAUUACAUAUGUUAUCUGAGAUACACUGCAUUCUGAUUAACUGGGAAACAUUGGGACCAGUACAUUUUGGCUCAAUUAAGUGGCUGCCCCAAUUAGAAGUUUCAGAGAAAUAGUUAAAAAGGUAUAUAUUUUUUUUAAAAAGGCAAACCACCAUUUAACUGAGUAACAAAUUAUGUAUUUAAAUUAAAUACAGAACAAAUUAGAACAAUACCAAUGUUAUUGCAGUACUACAAAACUGUGAAUUGGUUCCUAAUAGUAUCAUCCAGUGUAUGCUGCCAUAUUCUUCUGAUUGACUGUAAAUGAGCAAAAUCAGCUCAGACACCUUAUAUAGAUCAUGAACUACCUUCAUACAAUCCUUUAAACAAAUGUAUCUUCCAAAUCUUCAUUUUCAUUGCAAUAUUCAAGAUUGUUGAUACCUUCAAAUUCUUCAUGGUUCCUGACUUUAAGUAGUGAAGUAGUUUUAUUUUCACUCCCGGCCGUUUCUGGCAUCUGCAAGAC